AGCUCUCAGUCAUUUCCUCGGGUUUGGACAGGAGCGAGCACACACGGUGCCCGGACACGGUUCGCAGUGGCACACGUUGGCGGAAGGAGAGCGGACGUCAGAGGAACCCCGGGGGAAAUACUGCAAUAAUCUCUAAAUGUGAUGAAAAUAUAAGACUAAACUUUUUUUAUUUUUUUAUUUUUGGUUUAAAGAAAAAAAAAAAGAAAAGAAAAAAGAAAAGAAAAAGAGUCUCCGGGAUAAAAUCUGACGCACAGAGAGAGAGAGAGAGAGAGAGAGAAACACCCUUCAAGCUACAGUUUUUCGGAUUUGGAAUUAAUAUCUAAUAUCUGUCUAUAAGUUAAAGAUGCUGCCACAUUGCUCCGUCCUGCUGCUGCUGUGCGUGGUCCGGCUGCUCUCCCCCUCCUCGGCCCUGCCCUUCGAGCAGAGAGGCUUCUGGGAUUUCGCCAUGGACAGCAUGGACAGCAUGGACAGCAUGAUGACGAUGAUGAGGGACGAGGAAGAAGGCUCGGCCGUAGAGGAGAUCCUCCCCCCUGACAUACCCAUGUGCCCCUUCGGCUGCCACUGUCAGCUCCGGGUCGUCCAGUGCUCUGACCUCGGUCUGAGCGAGGUGCCAAAGAAUAUUCCUCGGGACACCAAGUUCCUGGACCUGCAGAACAACCGCAUCACUGAGCUCAAAGAGAACGACUUCGCCGGCCUCACUAACUUAUACGGUCUGUCUCUAAGGAAUAACCUUAUUUCCAAAGUCCACCCCAGGGCUUUCGUGCCUCUGAAGCACAUGCAGAAGCUCUACUUCUCCAAGAAUCUGCUGACCACCAUCCCCAAGAACCUGCCAGCUUCCCUGGUUGAGAUGAGGAUCCACGAGAACCGCAUCAAGAAGGUGGCAGCUGGAGCCUUCUCAGGACUGAGCAACAUGAACUGCAUAGAAAUGGGCGCAAACCCCAUCCAUAACAGCGGGUUUGAGCCCGGGGCCUUCAAGGGACUGAAACUGAAUUACCUGCGUAUAUCGGAGGCCAAACUGACCGGGGUGCCAAAAGAUCUCCCAGAGAGUCUCCAUGAGCUUCACCUGGACCACAACGAGAUCCAGGCUGUGGAACUGGAGGACCUGAGCCGCUACAAAAACCUGUACAGGCUGGGCCUUGGCUAUAACCAUAUCCGUAACAUAGAGAAUGGCAGCCUGUCCUACCUCCCCAGACUGAGAGAGCUGCAUCUGGAGAACAACCGCCUCACUCGCGUCCCCAGAGGCCUCCCAGAUAUGAAAUACCUCCAGGUGGUGUACCUUCAUUCCAACAACAUCGACCAGGUGGCCGUGGAUGACUUCUGCCCUCGCGGAUUCGGGAUGAAGAGGGCCUUCUAUAACGGCAUCAGCCUGUUUGCUAACCCUGUCAACUACUGGGAGGUGCAGCCCGCCACGUUCCGCUGCGUCAGCGACCGGCUGGCCAUUCAGUUUGGCAACUACAAGAAGUAAAGAUGCUGAGAGGCGGAGACAGAGAGGGGGAGGGGAUGGAGGCGGAGCAGAUAAUUUAAAUAAUGAAAGAAACCUGAGAAACAGAUGGAGGGGGAGUUCAUAUCUGAGAUGAUUAUUAUUAUAAUUACUAUUGUUAUUGUUGUUGUCUGAGAGAUGAGAACUAGCAAUUUUUUUGAAAGAGAAGUGGAAAAAUCCAAACACAUAACUUGAAGGGAGUGGAGAGCAAAGUUUUUUCUGCAUUUUUUGAAUUUGAGGUUUUGAAGGUUUUUGCCAUCAGAAAAGGAUGAAACGGAGGAGACCCUCUGAGAAGAAUGUUUUUCCCCUACAGUCUAAAUCGAUGAAAAAAAAUGAAAACUUGUGAAGCGUUUCAUUCCAUGUUUUGUACACAAUAGUGCUUAUUGUGAUAGAAGUCAUUUUUCUUUUUAUUAACAUUUUUUUAAGAUUCCGAGUUAAAAAAAAAAAUAGAAAAGCAAUGCAUUAUAGGUUUUUAAAAAAAAAAGAAAAAAUUCAUGAAAGGUGCUCUGUGUGACUUGUGUGCUGAUUUGGGAAGAAUAUAUAUCACAUCGUCCUGUUUCACUGAUGCAAAGCCAUUCGGCCCUCGCGUCUGUGAUUAAACUGUACUGUAUUCAUAAACAAGUAGUCACAGAUUUGGGGCUAUUUUUGGAACCAUUUACAGUCACAGAACAACUGCACAAAGGGUAGAAACUUUAAUUCAACUUAACCAAUUUCAAAACAUUCUUGUACAUAUCACGGCAAUAAGUGCAUCUUUAAAAAAAUUCCCUCCGCCAGUGCUAAACAUUUUUGUCUAAUCGAUCUGAGGUAACUGAACCACGAGCCUGCCUGCGUAAGGAGUCUAUUCUGUGCCUUUACUAAUAUUAUGCUGUCUGUAUGAUACUUUAAUACAGUAUUCCUUGAGGGGACACUGUAGUGGGGGUUCACCCCAGUUAGAGAGAAACACACAUCCGCUUUGCUUUGAGACAAUGAAGGCAGUGUGUUUGCAUAGUGCUACAAACAAUAGUAGUGUUAAUGCAUUGUUUUGCACAGUUUUUUUUUUCUGUUAUGCUUUAUCUGCUUCAGGGUUGUGUUUAGGUUGGUAGACCUACGUGGAACCGCUCUGGCCAUAAGUAUUUCUGUCUCUGUUCUGUUUCCUGUUCUGUAAUCUGACGAGCUAUACUGCUGCAUGUGAAUAAAGACAUUUUUAGCCUGCUGCAUAAAGCCAGAGAACAACUGAGGCCCCUGGGUUGGAUGCUGUGUGAAUAAUAAAGGAGAAAUAUCA